UUCACGAAUCAGACCACACUGCCUCGCCAGACGACGCGUCUCCUACUUUUGUGGGAUCGAGCCUGGAGACCAGACACGCGCUUCGUUCGUCUCCUCUUUGCGGCCGUUCAGUUCGAAUAUCGAGACGCGUCAGGUCGCAUUCCCGCUACAGGCCUAUGUUUUCGUCGACCCAAAAGUUCGCAUUCCCGCUUUAGACCUCGUCGUCAGGCACGGGAUUCCAGCUCGCACGCUGUCGCACAUGUCGCUGACGACGCAGCUUCGCAUGGCGGCUUCUUCAGGAAAUUUAUCGCACCAUGGGGUUGGUUUGAGCAGCCAUACCGCCAUUCGCGGCUCUCACUUCAGCAGCCAUGGCCGCCUCAGCAUGCCUGUCGUCACCACGACGCACGCGACACUAUCGAGUGUAGGAGCCUUGAGCGACACGUGGCAAUCGGCGAGCGCGCGUAGCUGUCAGAGCACCGGCAUCGGGGAGCGCGUGCAGCAAUGCGGGUGGUCAGGCGGGGAAAUCGGGGGGGUAUGGGGAAGCGGCGGAAGAGGCGGAAUAAUGAGUGGGCGGGCGGGCCGGAGGGGGAGAGUAUCUACCGCAAUAGGGGUUGCCGGUGGGGGGGGAGUGGUGGUGGUGGUGGCGGCAGGAGCGGAGCAAUCGCCGUAUGAGGUGCUGGGCGUGCCUCGAGGCGCGUCUCAGAAGGAGAUAAAGUCCGCGUUUCGGCGGCUGGCGCUGAAAUACCAUCCGGACGUGAAUAAAGCGCCCGACGCCCAGCAGCGCUUUGUGCGCAUAAAGCAGGCGUACCAGACGCUCACAGACCCCGAUGCUGCUGCCAACGCCAAGGCGAGGGCCGCCUCGCAGCGGCAGCAGCAGCAGUGGAAUGCGAGCAGCAGGGCGAGGGGGGGCUAUAGCGGGCAGUGGGACGCGGACUUUGGCGCGCCCUUUGACCCCUUUGAUGCGUGGAAGGGACCCGCGAACAAACCAGACGACUUCUACAGCCUUGACGAUUUUUUCAAGGACCUGCAGAAGGACUUUGAGGAGAAGCAGAAGGAGCGGGGCGGGGGCAAGCCCAAGAGCCUGUGGGAGGAGCUGGCGGACCUUGGAGAGGACUUGGUGGAUUUCCUUGAGAAGAAUGCACCGGAGGUGCAGGAGAAGCCCAAGUACAAUAAAGAGUAUUUCUACUCUGGGGCUAGCAGCAGGCCUGAUGGCAGCAGUGACAGCAGCACCAGCAGAAGCAGGGGCACAAACACCAACAGCAGCAGCAGUAGCAGCAGGGGUACAAACACCAAUACCAGCAGCAGUAGCAGCAGUAGCAACAACAGAAGCAGUGGUGGUGGUGGUGGUGGUGAUAGCAGUAGCAGCGGGUCCAGGUCAACUUCAUCAUCAUCAUCAUCAUCAUCGUCGUAUUCAUCAUCAUCAGGCGCAUCUGACAGAGCGCAGCAGAGGGCAUGGGAGGAGAGGAUCAAGAUAGAGAAGGAGAAGGAGAUCGACGAUGAGCUGCAGAAGCUGAAGCGGGAGAUGGGGUUGUGACAGGGUGAUUAGGGAGUGUGAAAUACAGAAAAUGCGCAAGUUGAUUGCCGAUCUUUCCAGUGGUUACGCUGCUGAGGAUAAGCCGCAGGAUAUGAAGCUGGAAGGGGCUGUGGCGGUGGUUUCGGAGUGCAAAAUAUGGUAGUUGCAAAGUUGAUAAUAAACUGCAGAAGCUGAAGCUGGGGAUGGGGCCAGGCCUCAAAUUUGAAGGGUGUUUCUGUUAGAAUGUCGAGAGAAAAGUGAGCCAAGGGAGGAAGGCUGAGAGUUACAAAGGUGGGAAUGUACCCUCUAAGAACUGACCUAACUAAGGCUAUAACAAAUAUACUGUACCUAGCAUA